AUGUCCCUAACCGAGCUUGAAUGGACGAAUAUAGGAGGGAGUCAUCCAGACUUCGCCGAACUUGUAUGCCACAGGCUGGGGGAGGAUUCACCGUCCACAAAACUCACAUCAUCGCGGUUUUCGAAUGGCGAGACCAGUAUUGUCAUUGGAAACUCGGUCCGUGGCGCCGAUCUGUUUAUCAUCCAGACAGCAGCAGAACCAGUCAACGACAUGCUCAUGGAACUAUUAAUUACGAUCAGCGCCUGCAAGACUGCCUCCGCCAGGAAGAUCACCGCCGUGCUCCCCUGUUUCCCUUAUUCGAGGCAAGACAAGAAAGACCGCAGCCGGGCUCCCAUCACGGCUAAACUGGUGGCCAACAUGCUUGAGACAGCCGGCUGCAAUCAUAUCAUCACUAUGGACUUGCAUGCCUCACAAAUCCAAGGCUUCUUCAAUAUCCCCGUGGACAAUCUCUAUGCUGAGAGUGCAAUGGUCGAGUACAUUCGAAGUAAUAUGCCCCUGGACAACGUCGUCAUUGUGUCUCCUGACGCAGGUGCUGCUAUCAUUGCGGACAAGCUGCGUCUUGAUCUAGCCCUCAUCCACAAAGAGCGUAAAGUCGCCAGUAAAAUCAGUCGUAUGAUUCUGGUUGGAUCGGUACUCAAUAAGACGGCCGUUAUUGUUGACGACAUCGCGGACACAUGUGGCACCCUGAUCAUGGCGGCGGACGUAUUGAAGAACCACGGUGCCAUCAGUUGCCGCGCCGUCGUUGUCCAUGGAUUUCUCUCGGGUCCUGCAAUCCAGAAGAUCGAGGAGAGCUCUUUGGAGAGACUCGUGGUCACAAACACCCUUCCCCUAUCACCGAGCGCUCAAAAAUGUCCCAAAAUCGAGUCCAUCGACGUCAGUGGCAUCAUUGCAGAAGCAAUCCGACGGACACACCAUGGUGAAUCGUAA